GAAAAAUCAUUCUUAAAAUUUCCUCUUCCUGACUUGUUUAUUUCUUGCAGUAUCAGUAGGAUUGCCACUUUCUGCUAUGUUGAAUUUUGGAAUGAAGGACUAUGUUCUUUACAUAGCCGUCAGUGCAAUUUUUUAUUCACAGUGAUUUCAGUACAUAAAAAAGCUAAGAGUCGAGAAUAAUAAUCUUUAGAGGCUAGGAAUAUCCUUGUAUUGGAUUUUUCCGAUUUUCCGCCCGUAUUCUUUUACAUGACAGAGUGUUUCAAUAAGAAGACAAUAGCUUCGCUAGUUAUUGCUGGCUUAACGAUUGUAAUAGGGAUGAUAUUUCAACUAAUUGAGCUAAUUUUCAAUAUAAAAAAAUACCUGAUUCUCUACAGAGAUCUAUUACAUAAUCUUAAUGGUCUUUUCAUUCAUAAUGGUUAGUUUUGCAUCUGUAUUAUCUUACGCAGCAGAAGAAUUAAGCACGACAACAAUAGUCAUUAGUAUUAGUUGUGUAAUAAUUAUAAUAUUAUUAAUAAUAAGACAAACAGUAAAGCCAGAUGUCAAGACAAUUUAUGCAAUGGGAUCAUCAUUUAUAUCUGCUGGUCUGGUUAUUUAUUUGAUAGUAAUCCUGAUUUCGAUGCUAAAUUUCAGUUUUAAUUAAUAAUUUGGUAGUAGGAUGUUUUCUUGUUGCAAAGGUUAUAAAAUAUUAU